AUGGCUGACACUGGCAGGGAGCGGGACAUUGUUAUUGUCGGCGGUGGGAUAAUUGGAUGCUGCUGCGCCUAUUUCCUGACAAGACACCCUUCCUACGAUCCUUCAAGACACAAAAUAACAAUUCUUGAGGCCUCAGAAAUUGCUGGCGGGGCAUCUGGCAAGGCUGGCGGCUUGUUAGCUCUAUGGGCAUAUCCCAAGGUCAUUGUCCCAUUGAGCUACCAACUACACGCACAGCUGGCACAGGAACACGGCGGAGUGGACAGAUGGGGCUAUAGAGAAGUUGGAUGCGGACAGCUUGUCGCUGAUAGCCGGGCCAGAAACCAACCUGGCAAGCCAAAGUCUGAUGAAGAGGCCGUGUCUCUGGGCAAGAGAAGCGACGAUGCUAUGGCCACGCUGAAGGCGGCUGGGUUUCCCGAAGACCUCGAUUGGUUUGAUCCUGUCGUGUUAAGGGCAUAUGAGGAGAUGGGAGGCAAGGGGACCACCGCACAGGUGCAUCCGUACCUAUUCACGACGUCAAUGGCAAAGCUGGCGGAAGAGAAGGGCGCGAAAGUGGUCCUGGGCACUGUCACCAACAUCGACUACUCAGCCAGCCAUAUCAAGACCUUAGCCUACCAAAGCAAGGCCUCUGGGACUAUGGAGACUAUCAUCGCUACAGACGUUAUUAUUUCAGCGGGCCCCUGGACAUCAAGGAUAUUCCCACCAGCCCCCAUCGAGGCCCUUCGAGCACAUAGUGUUGUCCUGCGUCCAACACGUCCAGUCUCAGCCUACACACUAUUCACCGAGAUCACCCUGUCGGCCGGACAGUCCAAGUCUGGCAGACUAUCUGCCACCAGCCCCGAAAUCUACGCCCGGCCAGACAACACUGUAUACGCAUGCGGAGAAGGAGAUACACUGGUGCCAUUGCCUUCAUCUACAGCUGACGUCGAGGUUGACCAGUCCCGAUGCCAGGACAUCAUCAACGCAAUUGGAAGCGUUUCCGAUGAGCUACGAGAUGGAGAAGUUAUCAUUCGACAAGCCUGCUAUCUUCCUAAUGUAGCUGGAACCGGCGAUCGAGGGAGCCCCCUUAUAGGCAAGACUGGGACAGAAGGUUUGUAUCUAGCAACUGGUCAUACCUGCUGGGGCAUCCAGAAUGCACCAGCAACAGGCAAGCUGAUGAGCGAGUUUGUAUUCGAUGGAGACGCUAAGAGUUUGGAUAUCUCUUCCCUGGAUCCUCGCAAGGUGUUAUAG